AUGGCUGAAAAGUUGUUAAUAAGAGCACUGAAGGGUGGUAAAAGCACUAAAAUUGUUACCUUAAAUGGAAAGAACAUGACAAAGAUGCCCUCAAUGUUAGAAAAACUGCCUGGCUUGAAGACUCUACACCUUCAGAAUAACCGAAUCCCCAAAGUGUGCCCAGAGAUAAGCACCUUGACCCAGUUGACAGCACUAAAUCUGGGAAACAACCUUUUGGAAGAAGUUCCAGAAGAGAUGAAAUACCUUACAUCCUUGAAGAAGCUCCAUUUAUUUGGAAAUAAGAUUCAUAGAUUUGCAUCUGGAGUAUGUGAUGGCUUACAAAAUUUGAUCCUGCUUAAUCUGAACAACAAUCAGCUUACAUGGAUUCCUCAAGAAAUCAGCAGAUUAAAAAGCCUUACAUAUCUGAGUAUAAAUCAUAACCAGCUAGCCAGCAUUCCUAGAGAACUUUGUUUCCUUGAGAAUCUUUCUGAACUUCAGCUUAACUACAAUCAGCUCAUUUGUAUACCCAAAGAGAUUAAUUUCUUGAAGAAGCUCCAGAAGCUUCUUCUGGUCAGGAACAACAUUGAAUCUUUGCCAGAGGAACUUUGUGAUCUUUUCAACCUAAGAAUCCUAGACAUAGCUGGAAAUGUUAUUCGGAUAUUUCCACCAGGAUUUCAAGACCUGAAGCUGAGGGAGUUCUACUGUGAGGGAAACCCACUGUUCCUGAAGCAGCCGGUUAAUGCUGUAAAACACGAGGACAUCUGGAGUCUACAGGAAAUAACAUCAAGAUUUAUAAUGAAUCAGCUAGCAGAAAAGGAUCCUUUCCUAAUGCAAGCCAUAGAAUGGUACCCACAGGUCAGGAACAUAAUCUCGCAGGGAAGAAAAUGUGCAAUAUGUGGAAAGUCCUUUUUAACCACAUGGCUGGAAUGUGUUGAGUUUUUUCCUCCAUCAAAGAACUGGAAAAUAAGCAGAAAUCUACAGCUGGUACCACUUCAAAUAUUAAUUUGUUCUUACAAAUGUUUUAAUCAACGUGACCCUAAUGUCUUUGGAAUUGCUCAAGUGUAG